GAUGUACGUCGACGUUACACACGCCGCGACGACACCGAGAGUUGCACACACACACACACACACACACACACACACCGCAGCAUAUAGACACAACGUCAGCACCGCGGCGCGGCAUUCUCGUUUUCCGGGGCCGUAACCGCGACCGCACGACCCUUGGCGCCGGCGGUGCACCACUUCGGAUGCGGUCCGGUCGUACGACGGCAGCGGCGGCGGCGGCGGCGGUGGCGGCGGUGGGUGAGGAACAAGGACCACCGCGGGUGAUGCGCUGCAGCGCGGCCGACCGCGGUCACCAUGGGCUGUAACCCGAGCAAAGACGGAAGCGCCGUCGGCGGCAGAGGAGUCGUGGGUGUGGACGGCGGCGGCGGCGGAGGAGGGGUCUCCGACAAAUUGUCGUCGGCCGCCGAAUCCGAUGCGGCCAAAACGCUGUUGAUACCGUUGAGCGACGAUUCGGGAGACCGCGACAGUUUGACCAGUUCGGUUAGCGAAGAAGAAAACUCCGACACGAUGAAAACAUCCGAGGAAGUAGAUUUCGAAAAGGAAUUCCGGCCGGAUGACGUUGAAUUGUGUCACGCCGCGACCAAAAUCCAAGCUUCGUUCCGAGGUCAUAUGACUAGGAAACAGCAAGCUGGCGGAAAAGAUGAGCCUGGUGGCGCUACCGCUUCUGCUUUGACUUCUAAAGACGAGACUCUCGAAUCGCAAUUGAAAAACGUCGACAUAAACAAGGACGCGGACCUAAGCGAGCUGUUGGACGUGGACUUGGCCGAUCCGGAGCUGCACAAAGCCGCCACGAAGAUUCAGGCAUCGUUCCGCGGGCACAAAGCUCGGAAGGCUGACGACGCAAUCGAUAACAAGCAAUAGGACCGCCGCUGCUGUAUAAAAUUUCCAUUAUUAUUAUUAAUAUUAUUUUUUUUUUCUUACAUUCAACAACGCUAUACGGUAAUAAUAAUAAUAAUAAUAUCUAUCGAGGACGGACGAGUUAAUUCAGCAUAAUACGACAAUUGCAACUACACCACAGUGGUUGUUAUUAUUAUUAUUAUUAUUAUCAUCGUCAUCAUAGUAAUUUUUGGUAAUAUUAUUUUAUUUCACUGCGGAUGUAGGAGAGGAAACGUUUUAUUAAAAUUACAUUUACUACAUUCAAUAUUAUAUAUAGGUUUUCCAACGCUGUCGUGACAAGUUUCUUUAUUAGAUUCAGCAACAUAAUAUUAUGUCGAUCGGUUCGUAAACCACAGCAUUAGAUACCUAUAUUAUGUAACUAAUUAAAUAAAGUAUCGUUCAAUUUUUUUUCUAUUAAGUAAGCUAAUAACAUUCCUUUUCCGCCAUCCUCGUCUUAUAUUAAUAAUACAUUCAUAAUAUUAUAUUCAUUUUCACUAUUUCGAUUGUGACCAACGCGUAAUUCGUAUCAAUGUGUAAUUAUUAUUAUUAUUAUUAUUUUUACUAUUAUUAAUAUUAUUAAUAUAUAUAUUUUAAAACACGCACAUCAAUUUAAAUACUUUUCUGGAGUUUCUACCAAAAUAAUAAACUACAGUCGAUAUUGUAUAUCGUAUUAUAUACCUACCUUAUGUAUUGUAACUAAAAUUUGGUAGCUGCAGGGUACUAUAAUGCUAUAAUAAUUGUAUGAAUACCGUUGUGUCCCACCAGAACGUAAUAAUCAAACGUAAUUGUAAUCAAAAUAAUAAUAAUUAUAUAUAAAAUUAAAAAUCACGAAAAUGACGAGGGUUAUUAUUACAUUGAGCUUAGGGGAGCUUAUAAUGCGUCGUUUCAAGGAAUAGUAAUAUCAAUUAUUUUCUUCUAUAAUUCUAUAUUGCACAGUGUUUAUUCCAACGCUGCAGUAUUAAUUUAUUGUCAUAACCGUUUCAUAUAACUACUUUUUUCCACCAGUCGUCUUAACAUUUUUAACAUUUAUGAGAUAAUAUUAAAUUUAUUAUUAUUAUUAUUAUUAUUAUUAUUAUUGACUAUUGUAGUUAUAAAUUAUAAUAUAUACAUCGUAUUAAAAAUCGUAUACAUUUAUUUAGACGGAACUCGCAUUUAUAUAAUACCUACGUAGGUAAUCAACGUAUAUCCACGAAAACGAACCAAUUAUAUUUGCUUGAACUUUCUGUUUCUACAAUUUAUUAAUUAUUAUUAAUCGAGUAGGAUGUAGAAAAAAUGUUUGAUAAUUUUACAUAAAUUUAUAAACAUUCAUUAUUAUAAAACAUCACUUUAAGCACUCGUACACCGGCAAACAAAAUAUUGCCUGUUGGGUCAUUUAAAAUUAAAAUUUGUAUUUUAAACUCAUUGUCGCUGCUCACUUGAAAAAUAUAUUACAUUUAUACAAAAUAAAUGAUUGAAAAAUAAUUUUUUCGUAAAAUAUUCUUUGAAUAAAAAUAGUAUACUAUUUUUCUUUUUAUUUCAAAUGAUAAAUUCCUUAUUAUUACAAUUAUAUUUCAUUAACCAUUUAAUUAUUUCAUAAUUAAUUUAAUUUCAACAUAUAGUAUUAUUAUUAUUAUUAUUAUUAUAUAUUUUAAUCAAUCAAUCAAUCUAUUUAUUAAAUAGGUAAACAAGUAGUUGAUUAUUGUAGAUUUUUUUUUUUCAACAACAAAACAUUCACACUUAUACACACGUACACAAUAUAAUAUACACCAACUUUAGGUAUAUUAUACUUAAAUAAUAAUUGAACUAAAUAGUUGUUGUUGUUGUUAAAGUUGUUGAUUAUAUUAUAAUUCUGUUUUUUUUCUUAUAUUAUUACUUACAGAAUCCUCAAAUUAUUAAUUGUAUUUUAUUAGUUGUAUUGUCGAUUUAUUGCAUAUCUAUCUAUUUUAGUAUUUUACAGUCGUCAUUUUCAAAUAUACGUAUUUUAGAAAUAUAA